UGAUUCGAAACCAUACAAGUCUGGGCUUUUAGAAUGGCAGGAAAAAAGAUACUUAUUAAUCUUUUGCUUGUUGCAUUGUCAUUUCAAUGCGCACCGAAAACUCCUGUUGCAGAAUGUUCAUCGUGUGGAAAAUCUUUGGAGAAAAAUCUCCAAACCAGGAUCAUAUCAGGAUAUGAUAUAGGUUAUUACAAAUACCCAUGGUUAGGGAUAAUUAAACAAAAUAACGCUCUAAAAUGUACCUGCACUAUGAUUAACGAACAAUUUGCUUUAACCGUUGCAAGUUGUUUCAAAGAGUACCUUCCAGUAAAACCCGAUCACAACAUAACCGGUGUCUACACAGUAACAUUAGGAGCUUACAACAGAUGUAACACAAACGAAACGACCCAAAAAACAUUUUCAGUUCAAACAAUUUACAUACACUCCGGUUUUGACGUAACCAAACGCGCCAAUAACAUUGCGUUAAUAAAAUUAUCCGAAGCCACAACAUUCGAACCGGUUUGUUUACCAUCAGCACCAAUCUCAGAAAGUCAAAGAUCAACCGAAGGAAUUAUAACAGGAGCAGGACUAAUUAAUUAUGACCAGCAACAAAAAACAUGCUACAUCAACGAAGCUAGAGUUUUAAUAUACACAAACGAUUAUUGCAAUAAAUCUUUAGCAGCAAUCGGCGAAGACACCACUUUGAUUGAUAAAAAUUUUUGCGCCGGGGGUGCAAAAGAAACGAAACCUUACGGUUGUGGAUCAGAUUUAGGUGGACCACUAAUUUCUCAAGAUAAUACCACAACUAAAUACAUUUUAGGGUUGAUUUCAUAUAAAAAGUGUCCAGAUAACGAUAACAUAACGUUAUACGUAGACGUUUCGGCAUACUUAGUUUGGAUUCAUUCGGUAAUUAAUUCGACAACCCCAGAACCUCCCGCAACACCAACAUCAACCCCGACACCAACUCCGACGCAAUCUCCGUCACCUUCAACAACCGAAGAUUAUGAUUACAUUGAGCACUUUCCUACAACAACCACAACGACCACUACAUCCACAACCACAACACCCGGUUCGCUUAUAAUUGGUGGAUCAAAACGUAAGGGACAUAGUGAUAGACAUGGUCAUAAGAAACACGGGGAACAUUUAAAAAGGGAAGCUCAACAUGAACCUCAUAAAAAACAUCAUGGUAAACACGAAAAUAAGCAUCAUAAGAAACAUCACCACGAAGAACAUGAAAUUGAUGAUAAGAAGCAUUAAAGAAUUUAAUUUGAUAAAUAAAAAAAAUAAAUUGUAAAGAAACUUUUUUGGGUAAAUAAAG